AUGGGCUUCUUCCUGCUCAACCUCUCCCUCACAGACCUGGGCUGCAUCUGCACCACUGUCCCCAAAGCCAUGCACAGUUUCCUCUGGAACACCAGAACCAUCACCUACACAGGAUGUGCUGCACAGGUUUUUGUCUACAUAAUCUUUCUUAGAGCAGAGUUUUCCCUCCUCACCAUCAUGUGCUACGACCGCUACGUUGCCAUCUGCAAACCCCUGCACUACGGGACCCUCCUGGGCAGCAGAGCUUGUGCCCACAUGGCAGCAGCUGCCUGGACUGCUGGGUUUCUCAUUGCUCUGCUGCACACACCCAGUACAUUUUCCCUGCCCCUGUGCCAGGGCAAUGCCCUGGACCAGUUCUUCUGUGAAAUCCCACACAUCCUCAAGCUCUCCUGCUCACACUCAGGCUACCUCAGGGAACUUGGGCUUAUUGUGUUUAGUGCCUGUUUAAUGAUUGGGUGUUUCAUUUUCAUUGUUUUCUCCUAUGUGCAGAUAUUCAGGGCUGUGCUGAGGAUCCCCUCUCAGCAGGGACGGCACAAAGCCUUUUCCACGUGCCUCCCUCACCUGGCCGUGGUCUCCCUGUUCCUCAGCACGUUAUUCUUUUCCUACCUGAAGCCCCCCUCCAUCUCCUCCCCAUCCCUGGAUCUUAUUGUGUCACUCAUGUACUCAGUGGUGUCUCCAACACUGAACCCCCUCAUCUACAGCCUGAGGAACCAGGAGCUCAAGGAUGCCAUGAGGAAGCUGAUAACUGGGUGUUUUUCAGAAGCAAUAAACUCUCCUUCUUCUCCAUGUUAUGUACCUCAUUAA